UCGACAACCAUGGCUCGUACCAAGCAAACCGCUCGUAAGUCCACCGGAGGAAAAGCUCCUCGCAAACAGCUGGCCACUAAGGCUGCUCGUAAGAGUGCUCCAGCCACCGGAGGAGUCAAGAAGCCUCAUCGUUAUCGGCCAGGAACCGUUGCUCUGCGUGAGAUCCGUCGUUACCAGAAAUCCACCGAGCUGCUGAUCCGCAAGUUGCCCUUCCAGCGUCUGGUUCGUGAAAUCGCUCAGGAUUUCAAGACCGAUCUGCGUUUCCAGAGCUCAGCCGUCAUGGCUCUGCAGGAAGCUAGCGAAGCCUAUCUGGUUGGACUGUUCGAGGACACCAAUCUGUGUGCCAUCCAUGCCAAGCGUGUCACGAUCAUGCCAAAGGACAUCCAACUGGCUCGUCGUAUUCGUGGAGAACGUGCUUAAAUUUUCAUUCGUUGGUUCAAACAAACGGCCCUUUUUAGGGCCACCAAAUUUUCUUUUUAAGAGAUAAUUAUGAACUUUUAUUUGCCUUAUCAUCAAACAGAAGCGGAUCUAUGAAUCGCACAGAUAGUUUUAAGCUAUCCAUAACACAAAUGACCUGCAAAUAUUUCUUCUAUAUAUUCGAUUUCUUAUACCGAUUGCGCUCUAGCUUUGAUCUUUCCACCAAUCAUAAUUUAAAUUCUUCUAACAGUUCUUCCUUCAAUGAUAAAACUCGUCGAUGUUCCAUGAAUUUAAAUCUGAAUGUAACCCAACGACAAGGAAACUUAAAUAACAAAAAAAUAUAAGUUUAAAAAAACUGUAAAUAUUUUGACUGUCAAAAUAAAAUCGUUUCCCGAGCAGACUUUGAUG